AUGUCACUUACAACAAAAAAGAGAUAUUAUAGAUAUAGGCAGAGACCGCAAUAUUCGUAUCAGCCAAGGAGAUAUUACAACUAUAGGCAGAGACCGCAAUAUUCGUAUCAGUCAAAAAGAGGUACAUCCUGCAAAACUCCUAACCAGGAAUGGGCUACCUGUAACUCAAUAUAUUCCUGCAGAGCUCUGUUGUCAGCUGUUCAAACAAGAGAUCCAACUCAGCUAAAGUUUUUAAAAGAAUCUCAAUGUGGAUAUGACUCAGAACCAUUAGUCUGUUGUGGAAGUACAUCGACCUUUGCUCUAACAGGGCGUAGAGUACUAAAUAAUGAUGUAACUGCUGUAGCCACCGGUGGCUCUAAUUCGAAUUAUAGGGUUAAUUCUGCCAUUCCCGAUAGACCAAAAUGUGGACAAGACUUUUCUGACAAAAUUUUUGGAGGAACUGCAACUAAAAUUAACGAAUUUCCAUGGAUGGCUCUUCUGCAAUACGCUAAUCCUGCUGGACAUAGGAGGUGGGCUUGUGCCGGAUCACUCAUUAAUGAGAGAUAUAUUUUGACAGCUGCGCAUUGUGUUACAGGAGAUAUCUCAAGGGUAGUAGGAAAACUUGUAAACGUUCGUCUUGGAGAAUAUAAUACAGAAAGUGAAGUUGACUGUGACGGAGAACUGUGUAAUGACCCCCAAGAUAUUGGUAUUGAAGAAGUACUAUACAACGAAGGUUAUAAUAAUAACAAUGUUCAUAGGUACAAUGACAUAGCUCUUAUUAGGCUAAACCGAAAUGUCAAGUUUAGUAGAUUUAUCUAUCCCAUAUGCUUACCUCAUCCUAACGAAGCUGCCAGGGUCGGGGACCGUGUGAUUGUAGCUGGAUGGGGAAAAACUGAAUCAUCCAGUCGCAGCAACAUAAAGCUAAAGGUUGAGAUUCCCAUAGCUCAGAGGUCACAAUGUACCAGAGCAUUUGCUUCUGCUGGAAUUAUUUUGAAAAACUCACAGAUUUGUGCUGGAGGUCAAAGAGGACGAGACUCUUGUGCAGGUGAUAGCGGUGGUCCUUUAAUGAAGACCGUUGAAGAUGAUUCUUCUACUUGGUACCAAGAAGGAAUCGUAUCAUUCGGUGCAAGAUGUGGUACUGAAGGAUGGCCCGGAAUCUACACAAAAGUUGAAAAUUAUUUAGGAUGGAUCCAUAGAAAUGUUAGAGAAUAGGCAAAGACUGUAAAUUAAUUUAGAUUAUUUAUUGAAAUUCUUAGUUUUAAUGUUCAACCUCUUCAUAAAAAAAUAUAAAUUUAAGAAUA